CGUCCCGUCGGCCGAUAACUGCCCUAUACCCAACGCCGGAACCCAGCCUGCGCUGGCGCUCCCCACGAUAAACCAGCGCACCGAGGAGUGGUGUCGAGCAUCUACCACGCACACACCCACGCGCACACAUGCUGCCCAGCGAGACGCGCCGACGCAUCGCUCUCGCCGACGCCAAGAAGCCGACGGCGCAGCACGCGGGGAAUCAGGGCCUCGUCGACGUCUUCUGGGUCCUCGCGGACGCCACCUUCAAGGCGGAGCCGGAGAACGCCGGCACCAAGGGCUCGGCUUACCGCAAGGCGGCGCAGGCGUUCGCCGCCUGCGCCUUUGCCGUCACCGCCGAGACGGUCAGUAUCUCUGGGGAGAAGAAGCUCGCGAAUGUCGGCAAGGCGUCCUUCGAAAAGAUGGCCGCCUUCCGAGCGACGGGCUCCAUCCCGAAGCUUGUGGCGUACCAGGCGACGCUCGACGGUGCGGACAGUUCAACAACGCCGACAGCGCAGGUCGCGAGUGCGCCGCCGGCAGCGCAGCCGACAGCGCCGCCGGCACGGCCGACAGAGUCUGCAGCGUCGGCAGCGCAGCCCGCAGCGCCGGCAGGGCAGCGGGGUGCGGGCAGUGCGCCGCCCACGGUUCCCCUUGCACCUGGCGCGACUCGAGUCUGGCUCGGCACCGCGCCGGCGCGCGGCAGGCGACCGCCGACCAUCGCAGACAUGUGCCGCUUCUGCGUCGCGCGCCGGCGGCUCUGCGCGUACUGCGACCAGCACAACGCCAACGAGCGGGAGGGUCGCAUUGUCCACGCCAUCCCCCUCGGAGGGCUGGGCUGCGGUGUCUGCGGCGAGUGCGAAGACUGCCGGGCCGCAUCAGUCGUGCCGGGCGAGCGUGCUGUGUACGUGUCUCCGCUCCUGCUCAAGGGCAGGGGGGGAGGGAGUGACUUGCCCCACCACCCUCGCUGCUUUGCGGAGCACAUGAUGGUGGACUAUUCGCCCCGCGGGCCCGCCGAGGGCAGUCUCAGACUGGUCGCCAUCUCGCUCAAGCACAACGGCGAGGUGCAGCAGGCCGCGUGUGUGCCUCUGCUGGAGGCGCGCACCUUCCUUGCGUCUCUGUGGGCUGCCUGCGCCGCCGACGGCCGCCCCCUGCUGGGCGAGGAGGGGCCCUGGAGAGAGGACGGCCCCUUGGCGGCGUCUCUGUUUGGCGACCGCGCCAUCGUUGCGCCGGCGCAGCGCGCGUGGGCCAUCGACGCUCUCGAGGGGGCUGCGGCGCCCGCCUCGCCGCCGCCCGCGGCAGGACGGGGCUGGGCGAAGCGCGACUGGACGAGAUUCGUGGCGGAGGAGAGGGACGGCCCGCUGUCGCCGGCCGGGAGGCACGGGCAGAUGAAACGCGCCGCGUCGCGCGACCUCUUCCCGAAGUACUACCCGAUUCACUGCCCCGGCGGGGCGUGCGGCAGCGGCCGUGGCGCCACGGCCGCACGGGCCGACCGCGGUCUCCGCCAGCCGACGCUGUCCUUUUCCGUCAUGUCGUGAUCUUCUCACCGAUCGAUCACCGACGGAUCGGCGUCGUUGUGGCAUGCGUGGCGCGGCGCGCCCCGCGGCCGCGCGGCCCCUGGGAUACGUUGUCACGUACGUCUACGUGGUUCAGGUAGCUGAAAUAGGGUAUUGUGUACACCUCUCGGCUAUCAUGGGCCAAGUGUCGUUGUGAGACUCUUUUCAUUUC